UGCCCCGUGGCGAUACAGUGGAUUAAUCCGGUUAUGCUGGGAUAUCCUGAGUGUGUGUGUACCUAAUCUAACAAAGACUAACCCUUCGACCAAAAAAAAAAACAAAGACUAACCCCCCAAUCAAAAAAAAAAACUCCCAUCUUGUCCUGCACCAUGUUUUCCAAUCCCUUCCUUUUUAUAUAUGUACAUUUACACUUCAGGGCUUACAAACAUAGAUAAAAGAGAUCUGCUUGAGCAAUCAAAUUGAGAGAGAGAGAGAGAGAGAGAUGAAGAAGUGUGAGCUGUGUGAUUCUGUGGCAAAGAUGUACUGUGAAUCAGAUCAGGCUAGUCUGUGUUGGGAUUGUGACAUCAAGGUUCAUGGUGCAAACUUCUUGGUGGCGAAGCAUUUAAGGACUCUGCUCUGCCAUGUCUGUCAAUCUCUAACCCCAUGGAAUGCCUCUGGACCCAAGCUUGGUCCUACUGUUUCAGUUUGUGAGAAUUGUGUGAACAGUUCUAACAAGGAGUCCACAAAUGAAGAAGAAGAAGAACAUGAUGAUGAUGAUCAUGAAGAAAAUAGCAUUGGAGAAGAUGAUGAACAUGAUGGUGGUGGUGGUGACAAUGGCGCUGAUGAUAACGAUGGUGGUAAUGAUGAUGAUGAUGAUGAGGAGAAUCAAGUUGUUCCAUGGUCAUCUAGCUCUUCAACUCCACCAGACUCAAGUUCUUUAAGUGAUGAAGAAUGUUGCCAUGAAAGCUUCUCAGAAACAAGAUCAUCAUAUCCAUGUAAGCGCAGGUGCUACAAUGCACUCUUGAAUUCUCAAGCACGCAAUUUCUUCACCUAAAGAUCUUGCAAAUCAUGCAUCUCUUAUUUUCUUUCUUUUGAGUUCAUCCGAUCAUCUUCAAUAAUAGAAAGAUGAGAGCUGCUGCAGUGGAACCGAUAUCAAGAAAAAAUUCGAGCCCAGAAUGAUUCAGGGAAGCAACAAGUUAAGACCCAAAAUUUACUUCCACGAGUUGAUGAAGAUUUUACUGACUAGGUGAAUUUUCUUUGUUUUCAAGUCAUUGUAAGCUUUUAACUUCCAUUUCAGUUGGAUCCUUACCAUCUUCCUCACCAUUUCAUCUUUUCAGCAAAGUUUCCUGUAUAAAUGACAUAUUUUGCUUUGCUUU